UGGCCUGCAGGCAGGGGGACCCCACCCACGGGCGAGUUGCACAUCUGGGUGAAGGACGCUCAGAGCCUCAUCCCGCUGCAGAGCGGCACCGUGGACGCCUUUGUGCAGUGCUACGUGCUGCCGGAUGACAGCAAGGCCAGCCGGCAGAAGACGCGGGUGGUGAAGCGGAGCCUGAACCCCCUCUUCAACCACACCAUGGUCUACGACGGCUUCCAGGCCAAGGACUUGGCCGAGGCGUGCGCAGAGUUCACCCUCUGGCACCAGGAAGCCUUUUCCAAGCGCCUGCUGGGCGGCAUCCGGCUCAGCCUGGGCACUGGGAGCAGCUACGGGCUGCCUGUGGGCUGGAUGGACUCGACGGUGGAGGAGCAGGGGGUGUGGAAGCGGCUGCUCCAGCAGCCCCAGCAGUGGGUGGAAGCUCUGCUGCCCCUGCGGACCAACCUGGCCCCCCGGGUGUAGCCCCCUGGCCCCACGAGGACCGCCUGGUGCCAGCGGGACUGUGGGACCUGGGGGGGAUGGAGACCUGGAGCAUCACUGUGCGGGGCUGGGGGUCUGUGCCCUCCCCUUCCAGCAGCAAUGAAGUGGCACCAGAGGGCA